AUGAGGCUUAUCUGGAAAAACGUUGGAUUCUUGUUUUUGAGUACAGCCGUUAUUAUAUUACUUGCUAACUGGCCUUUCAAUUUCGUGAUAGGCCAUAUGAACCACAUUCCGGGAUUUACGAGGAUAGAAGUACCACCAAAAUGCUGUAUAUUUGACUCUAUAAAAAAGAGCAUUGAUGCUAGCUAUGAGCCAGCCUUUGUAAAGAUAUCAAGGAAAGUAGAUGGAAAGAAGGCAGUGAUCCAUUCGAAAGCGCAGUGUGAAGGUGAUGGGCUAGAGAUUUCCUUGUUGAUUAGCUCUGCAUGGUUGAUGAAAGAGCAAACAAGCUGCACCAUUUGUAAGAAGACAGCGAAGCAUUUGUUCGAUGUAUUUUCAGAAAUUAAAAACAGCAUUGAUGUUGAUAAUCAAAAAGCAGUGGAGAGUAAGCUUGAGUUCUACAGUAUUCGCAGCAAAAUGUCUGAUGACAGUUUAAAGUCGGCCUACUUUAUCUGCAGCUCAGGAAAACUAAUUUGCAUUUCAGUCAAUGGCUGGAUUUUCCCCCUCGUCUGCCAAUUUACGAAUCUUGCCGGAAGAAAAAUGCCGCUGCUCAACCUCACCUGGAAUUUUUCAACCUUCAGGACACAUCCAGUUGAAAAGAGAUUUGUGGUUGACGUGGAAUCUCCCAUGAAAAUACCUAUUAACUACUUGUGCCAAAGAGAGGUGUGUGUUAUUAAAAUUGAAAAGGAAAGAUUUUUACUCAAUUCAUCGAAAUUUGAUAGCACUAUCUCUAGCCUUGUGUCGCCUGCUAAAGACACUAAUCUUUCUUUUGACGAGGGGUCAAUGCUAUUAACAGUUCAGAAGCCAGCAUCAGACAAGUUUUCGUUGAUAAGUAUCCUUGUAUAUGCUUCAUAUGCAGUGGUUACAGUGUUAGUUUUCUUAGUUGGGCUUUCAAUAGCAUCUACCAUCUUCAAGAAUUUUGUCAAUCAGCCAACGAAUAUCUGGCCAAUAGUCAUUGCAUUUUUCAUUUUAUCACUGGUUUUAUCUAUGCUAAUUAUAUCGCAGAUCGCAUUUGUAUCAGAAAAUGCUUCUAAUAUCUAA